AGAGUGCACUGCGGGCUCAUAUGCGCGCGCGGGGCUCCACUACUGAGAGACCGCGGGAAAAUUCCAAAAAGUCAAAGCAAAACAAAAAGCCAAUACAAGGCAAAGCCAAGUUUUCAAGCCACAGAACCCGGGCGGUGGCUUCCUUUCUGCCACUGCCCAAACUGCUGAAGCAGCUCUGGCGUGGACCACCCGAUUUGAUAUGUGCCCACUGUUUCCUUCAUUGUUCAGCAGGCCGCUGUGAAGGGACACCACCUUUUCCCUUUUUCCAAGAUGGCUCAAGAUUCAGUAGAUAUUUCUUCUGAUUAUCAGUUUUGGAUGGAGAAGCUUUCUGUAUGGGACCAGGCCUCCACUUUGGAAACCCAGCAGGAUACCUGUCUUCAUCUGCCUCAGUUCCAGGAGUUCCUAAGGAAGAUGUAUGGAGCCUUAAAGGAGAUGGAUCCUAAUACAAUCAUUGAAAGAUUCCCCACCAUUGGUCAACUGUUGGCAAAAUCUUGCUGGAAUCCUUUUAUUUUAGCAUAUGAUGAAAGCCAAAAAAUUCUAAUAUGUUGCUUAUGUUGUCUGAUUAACAAAGAACCACAGAAUUCUGAAGAAUCAAAACUUAACUCCUGGAUACAGAGUUUAAUAUCUCAUAUACUUUCAGCAUUCAGAUUUGAUGAAAAAGAAGUUGGUCUUUUCACUCAAGGUCUUGGGUAUGCAGCUGUAGAUUACUAUCCUGGUUUGCUUAAAAAUAUGGUUUUAUCAUUAGUGUCUGAACUCAGAGAGAAUCAUCUUGAUGGAUUUAACACUCAAAGGCGAAUGGCUCCGGAACGAGUAACAUCCCUGUCACGAGUUUGUGUCCCACUUGUUACUCUGCCAGAUGUUGAACCCCUGGUGGAGGCUCUGCUCACCUACCAUGGACAUGAACGUCAGGAAAUCCUCUGGCCUGAGUUCUUUGACGCCGUAAAUGAGGCAUUUUUGCAGAAGAAGAUUUCUCUCCCCACGUCAGCUAUAGUCUGCCUGUGGCUUCGGCACCUUCCCAGCCUUGAAAAAGCAAUGCUGCAUCUUUUUGAACAGCUAAUCUCCAGUGAGAGAAUUUGUCUGAGAAGGAUCGAAUGCUUUAUAAAAGAUUCAUCGCUGCCUCAAGCAGCCUGCCACCCUGCCAUAUUUCGGAUUGUUGAUGAAAUGUUCAGGUGUGCACUCCUGGAAACGGAUGGAGCUCCAGAAGUCCUAGCCACUAUUCAAGUGUUUACACAAUGCUUUGUAGAAGCUCUGGGAAAAGAAAGCAAGCAGCUGAAAUUUUCACUCAAGACCUACUUUCCUUAUGCUUCUCCAUCUCUUGCUACGGUGCUGCUGCAGUACCCUACAGACUCCCCACAGGGACACUGGCACCAGCCACUGAAGCACAUUUCUGAACUACUCAGAAAAAUCGUUGAAGACCAGACUUGUGGGUCCUGCGGAGGCCCCUUUGAGAGCUGGUUUUUGUUCGUUCACUUCGGAGGAUGGGCCGAUCUGGCGGUGGAGCAGUUACUGAUGUCAGAAGCUGAACCCCCUGCAGCCCUGUUGUGGCUCUUGACCUUCUACUACAGCCCCUGUGAUGGGAGUCAGCAGAGAGCACAGACCAUGGUGGAGGUGCGGGCAGUGCUCGGCUGCCUGCUCAGGCUGUCCAGAAGGGCCACACUCUCGGCCAGGGACCUGCUGGCGGCAGCGGGCGAGGACAGAGACGCAGACCCGGGACCGCCCAGCCCGCAGCUCCGCAGGCGCCUCCUGCUCACCUUCCUGCUCCGGGUCCCCGGAGGCCGUGCGAUCGCCCGGGACGCCGUCGCGCUGAUGGCGCACACUGAUGAGAUAACCCACGAGAUUAUUGGCUUUCUUGACCAGACCUUGUACAGAUGGGAUCGUUUUGGCAUUGAAGCCCCUGGGGCAGGAGAACUGGCCAAAGAGCUCCUUAAAGAGCUGCACGCUCAAGUCCAGCAAGGAACGUAGACCAUGUGGGUGCCACAUGUGGGAUCAGCCUCGCCAAGCCCAUGGAACAAUUGAUGAGACCCAUUUUCGUGGCCACCAGUGUGUGGAGUAAGUGCCCUCUUUGAGCUGUGAGACUGAGCCGUGCACAGUGCGGGAAGGGCUGGUAGUACACAUUUUACAGAAUCCAAAGGCAGCUGCUUUAUCCCAAACUUAGUCACAUUUAUUCUCUAAUGACUGGAGUAUGCCUUCCCUGCCCCGACAAGGAGUCAGCUAGAGAAUUACUAAAGGAAAGGGAGAACAGGUUUUUAUUUCCUUUUUUAGCCACAUCAAGCCAAAAUGCACUAUUAUUUGAGUGAUUCAAAGUCUUUGGGCCACGAAAUUGGUCGUGAAUCACUGACUAAUUUAGAGAGUAACUUAGCCCUUUUCCACAAAUCUAUUUUUUUAGGAGUUAGGAGACUGUUAAUCAAUAUUUCUUUUAGUCCACAGGGAUCUGAGAUAAAGCCACACUGUUUUGCUUCCCUAAGAAAUUCUUCAUCCACGAGAGCCUCAGUUUCCCCUGGCCGCUCCCAACCUGCCCUCCAGGCUGAGGGGAAGCAGAGCACAGCCAGCCGGGUGGCAAGUGGUAGUGGCGGGGCCGCUGGGGGCUCUGCGGUGGAGGCUGCACUGUGUAGUGGCCACAGAAAGCUGCGCUCAUGCUCGCUCCUUGCUUUGUGUUUGCUAAGCACCGCCCGCUCCCAGGGAGCUCACGCGCCUGCAUGUCAAAGGUCACCGAAGGUGAGGGUGUGGGAUGUGUCUAGGAACAUUAGAAGAUUUUGUUACAUCAGUGGUCCUAUUACACCAGCAUGAGAACUGGAAAUUCCCGAUAAAGAAUUGGUAACCCCAAGGCUAAUGUUUAUUUCAUGUCAGUUGAAGAUAUCCUUAUUUCCUUUUAGAUUUACUCUGAACUUGUACUGAUUGUACAUUAUUCUUUUAUGCCCAUUCUGUUCGUUGAGUGAGUCAAGACUUUCUUUUAUGUCCAUUUCGAUUUAUGCGUUAAUGGUCUGAAUCUCGGCUCCUGUUGAGGGAUGAAUAAAGCUUUGUGGGA